CAUGAGUAUGACAUUGUGAUAAAACCAAGGAAAAUCACCGAAUGCGAUAUAUUUGAACUAACCAUUGUCUCGUUGCACAGAAAGUGAUGGCGGGACACUCGACGUUGUGGAUAGAUGAUCCUCACCUGUCCUAUCUAAUUGCGGACAGUUUAGUAAAUGCAGUAGGGGAUCCAGAUUUGCAAAGAAUAAGACGACACAUUAUGGACAUUUUGGAUCAAUUGGAUUGCCAUAAUGACCAGAUGGAAAUAAUUAGAGCUGGUGGAUGUGCUGAGGGAUUCCGCAUGAGGGGAACAGAUGUAGAUCAAAUGCAUGUUGAUAAACGGACCAAAGUAGUUGCAGAAGUUCCCAGAAACCUUGGAACUGACAUGGCCGUCGUCAGAUUGUUGAAGACUUCUGAUGUACCACCUGGGUAUGUAAAACUUGCUGUACAAACCCCUCAUACGCCAGUUGCGCACAUAAAAGAAUCAACACAUCGAGUGAAUGGAGAUUACUAUUUGUCGAGCGAAGAGUUUGUAAGAUGGUUCCAUAAAUUAAACCCCAAUGGAGUUCCUCAUGGACCGUGUGUGAUGGAAAGACAUGAACAAGGACCAGAUCAUGAUAGGGCAUUUUGUCUGGAAUUCAAAGAAUGGCCUGUGUAUGCAAACGAAUGGGUUGAACGAAGAAGGUCAUACGGAUGGCCAUCACGGGGACUCAUUGAAAAAAUCAAAUCACAAGGAUGUCAUUUAAUGGCCAUUGGAUCCAAGAAGCUAACAGGAAAUUUAAUUUCAAACAAUUUAGAAAAUAAUAAAUGGAUUCAGGAUCCUUUUCAGUGGAGACUGUCUUUUUCUCUUGCAGAGAAACAAUUGAUUUACUCUUUCAAUAACACACAGUUUUUGACAUAUGGAAUUUUCAAGCUUUUAAAUCAAGAAGUAUUUUCACAAGAUUCAAUUGUCUCAGACUGUAUCUGUUCUUACUUUCUAAAAUCAGCUUUGUUUUGGACAAUUGAAGAAACUCCAUCUGAUUACUGGAAGCCAGAGCGUUUGGUUUUUUGUGUCGACAUUUGCUUUCAAAGGCUACUUGAAUGGACAAGAAACGGGAUUUGCCCGAAUUUUUUUAUUAGAGAAAACAACAUGUUCAUGGGUAAAGUAGAAGAAUGGCAAUUGGAGUACACAUCCUUGAAACUUUUUGAAUUAUACAGUGAAGGAUGGAGAUGCUUAUUGCGUUGUCAUUCCUUAAUUCAUUUAAAAAAAGCCUUAGAAGAUGCCAGAAAUAAGAUAAGACCUAAUUCAUUUCCUACCUCAAACCCAGAGGAGGACUUCAAAUGUUUGCGUUCCUCUGUAAGGGACAGAACACAAGUAGAAGGAAAUGUGGACGCAGUGCUAUUUAGCGAAAUACUUUCAAGACGACCAAAAAGUCCAUCAUUAGACCUUCUGGAGUUAGAACUGAGGAAUUCACUGAAACUGGAGGUUCAAAGAAGACUUGAUACGUUUGAUCUUGAAAUACUUAGAUUACGUCGGUUUCAAACUCUUCGUCAACUGGCUCUUAUAUAUCUUAACAUGUCUCUGACAAAACAUACUACUCGAAAAAAGUAUACAUACAUUCGAAAGGCUUUUUGUUAUCUACAUCUUUCUCGAUUUUCGGAUAUAUGCAAAGGUAAUCUCACGCUUGCAACUGCCUAUUACUGUUUAGGAAGGUUCGACUCAGCUCUUAAAUACAUCAAAAAAUACGAUGAUAUACUAAAGGAAGACCUUGGUUAUAUACAUACACAUUUACGACAUGGUGUAGUUUACCAAACUCCGAUGUAUUGUUCAACCUUCUGCGGACGGGGAUUAAGCAGCCUGGAUAAAAUGUCGUUGGCGGUAUCAUACGAUUUUGAAGUCCAUCGACCAUUGCCUCUAAUUCCAAAUGAGAUAGCGCUCGAAAUAGUAAUGAUGAGAAAAACAGAAUCCAGUCUUUUUAUUCUACCCGGUCUAUACUCAGUGUUUCUGAAAAUUCUUUGUUACACUAACAAAAGCAAUUUAAAAAUGGUGGAGGAAUUGUCAAUGAAACUCAAAGAGUUUUUGCAUUGCUCAAAAAAAGAAGACAUAUAUAUGAACUACAUCAUGCUUGCAGUAGCUUUUGUUAAAUUAGGAAAUUACGAUAAAGCUUUGAAAUAUUAUUGCUUGGCCCAUGUCCACAAAAGAAGGUUUGUCAUGUGUAACCGGGGUUGUCCAGAAUGGCAGACUAGAACAUCAGUUUUAUUUUACAUUGCUCAGAUGCUUCAAAGUUUGAUGCCAAUAUGAAGCACUAUACAAAACAUAUGCUACGUCCAGUAAAAGGGCAAAAUAAAAGUUGCAGAUUUGCCAAUGGUUAAUUGUAAUUUUUUCAGACCGAUUAAAUGUUUAGUCGUAAUAAAUUAAGUUGUGAUAAAUCAUUCUUCUUUUUAGAACUGAACGAUAUGAAUAUUUAUGCAAGAUUUGUUCCAUUUCCAUAUAAAGUCGUAUAUUUUAUACAACCUAAACAGUUUUAAUAAAUUUAAAAACAAUGCAUAACAUUGCGAACAUUUAAAAAAAAUGAUGACUGUACGCUUCCAGUAAACGUUUGUUGUUUAAAAAAUAUUAAAUUUUAUU